UCCUCCUUUUAAGAGGCAGGAGAGGGUCCGGAUGCUCGACACAUCCCGGGGUGCUCGGAGAGCGGACUACAGAGGUGCUGCCGCUGCUGUUUCGCUGUGUGUCGGUCUUCGCAGUCAGCCUACAGCCCUAUGACCGAACUGAUAGUCCAACCUUCAGCAACAUAAUUGGAAAACAACAAACAACCACAACAAACAGUCGUAAGGUGGUGGUGUGUUGUACAGACAAUGGCUCUCUCCUGGAGUCUGCUUCUGACGUUGCUGUUUGCUACCCUGGCACUGUCGCACAGCUCUGAGCUUGGAGCUCCUCAUGGUAAAAGGAGACAGGCACAGAGCUCAGCAGGUGGCAGCAAUGCCCUACAGCACCCUCUGCAAGGUCUACAGGGUCAUGGCUACAGCAGGGACCGAGGAGGGCAUGGGAGCCAGGGGGCCCGUGUUGCCAAAGGUGGAGCCGGGCUCCUCUCCCACAGGUCCCUGCACCCCCUGGCCAGGCCUGAGGAUGACGAAACAGGCCUGGAGGGUUUGAGCCCGGUGAGACUGGAGAUGGGUCCAGGCAGGGACAGAGAUCGAAUGAGUAUGAGGGAUCCACCCCAGACCCGGGAAAACCACCUUCUGGGGACACGCAAAGGGAGAGGGCACGGACACGGGAAUGGGCACGGGCACGGACACCACUUUGAACACAGAAGACAAGGGAGUCGGCGUGACAAGGGACGUCUCUGUCCAGGGUUUCCUCCAGAGCCUGAGCUGAGGUCUGCACUGAAGGACCGAGAUCUGUUCGAGGACCCUCCCUCCUCCCUCUCCGCCUCUGCUGCCUCCCCCUCCCUCAGUGUCACCCCGCCCAGCGAACCCCCCUCCCCCAUCGCCGCCGUCUUUGGCUCUGGCUCCUCCAUGGUUACCACGGUGAUGAACGAGCAUCCCCCAACGCUGCCCCCGGCCUCCACCAAACCCCAGAGGUCUGGCCGAGGAAAAGGACAAGGAGAGGUGAUGCCAACAUUGGAUAUGGCACUGUUUGACUGGACGGACUAUGAGGAUAUGAAACCUGUGGACACUUGGCCAUCCUCCAGGAAGAAAGACAAGAGGCGGAGUAAGAACCUCAGCAGUGGAAACGUGACUGUAGAUGCUGAUGCCAUUGAGCCAUGUGACCACCACCUGGACUGUCUCCCAGGUUCUUGUUGUGACCUGAGACAACAUGAGUGCAAACCACACAACCGAGGCCUCAACAACAAAUGCUACGAUGACUGCAUGUGUGAGGAAGGGUUUCGUUGUUAUGCUAAAUUCCACCGGAAGCGACGCGUAACCAGGAGGAGGGGUCGCUGCGUGGUACCAGAGUCAGUCAGCAGUGACCAAGGAGGGUUCAUCACUAUCUGAUGAGAAGGUGGAGGACAAAGAUGACGACGCUGAAAGGAGGAGGAACAGGAAGAAUGACCCCAUGACCACUCUCACAUACACAACAGUACAGCCAAGACAUCACAUGACACUGCUGACAGACCGAUUGCUUAAGUGUCAGCUUGCUUUGUUUUUCUCCAAUUCAAUCCCCACAAUCUGCUCAGUGAAAACAAAAUAACAGGUUAUUAAACUGGUGUUGCAUUGUGGGAUGAGCCCUAAUCCAGCAGAUCACCAUCUUUAAGCACUUGAUUGAUUCAAUUAACAUUAAAAUACAUCAGUUUUUGAAUUUGGUUUUGUUCACUCCAGCAUCACUACAGAGGCAUACAGUAUGCACAAGAAAACAAAGACUUUUCAAAACCCACUCAGUCCACACAGAUUUUUUUUUUUUUUUUUUUGUUAGGAAAUUUGUUUUUAAUUGGUAGAGAGAUGACAUCAGCAUCUCAUUAUGUCUUACUAUUCACCACAGUUAUGGUUGCCAUUGGUUUGGUUACAUUUUUUUCAAACACCUCACCAUUUCUCAUGCAUUGGAUUGUCUCUGUCCUGCUGAUCUGAGUCAAAUAGUGUUUACAAAAUGAUUUUUAGCACUGAUUUACUGAACUGUGCUCGGAGUCCCAGACAGGUUCUUCUACUGCUUCAGGAUCAUUCACUUCAUCGGCUAAGCUGUUGAUCAGAGAAAUAGGUUUCCUCACUCUCUGCUCAUCAAAUAAAUUCUAAAUAAUAUUUGUAAAUGCUAUUUGAACCCAUCUGCUGCCCCGUAUUGUAAAUAUGAAUGUAUUUGAAUUGCCAACAGCUUUUUUUUUUUUUUAAUUUUAUUUUAAUUUUUUUUUUAUUUUAAACUGACACCACUUCUCUUCAAAUGUACUUAAAGGUAGAAUGAUAAAUAAGAUGCUUGUUUGACCUUCCUUAUACAUGUCUUAAUGUUUUUAUUUAUAAUGUACUUAAACAUGUUUGUCUAUAUAUUGUGUUUUUCUGCCUUUUUUUUUUUGGUUUGUUUUCAUGAUUAAACACUUACU